UUCCACACAACAGUUCCUUCUUCCGAAACCGAAUUUCUUUGGCGCGUUCCAAUUCUUUAGUCUACCAUUCAAAAAAACUCAGUUAAACGUGUUAAAAUUCGAAUCAUGAGAAAAUUCAUUGUUUUCGCUUGCAUUAUUGCUGUCAUUGGUGCGGCACCAUAUCCAUCAGCUGAAGAUAAUUCAUUGGAAGAUGAUGGUGAAGUAAUUGAUCUGAGUCAGUAUGGUGAAAAACUCUAUGGCAUACCAAGCAAUCGAACCGGUCAAUUGGUUGCCGAAUUUGAUCCAACUACCAGCCAACUGAAUCCAGAAGAAUUGGGCGAAUACUUGGAAGGUGACAUGUUGAUGCCACCAAAUUUCGGACGAAAUGGUUUGAUUGCAUCAGCAUCACAUUGGCCAGGCGGCAUUGUACCAUUCGAUAUUGAAGGAUAUUUUGAUGCAAAUGCAAUGGAUCUUAUUGAGCGUGCCAUAAAUGAGUAUCAUAAACGAACAUGCAUUCGUUUCAAGCCAAGAACAUAUGAACGUGACUAUAUUUCAUUUACAAGCCAAGCAACUGGUUGCUGGUCAAGCGUUGGACGAAUUGGCGGCAGACAAGAAGUCAAUUUACAGUCACCGGGAUGUGUUACAAAAGUCGGCACCAUCAUACACGAAGUGAUGCACGCCUUGGGCUUUUUCCAUGAACAAAACCGUUCAGAUCGUGAUGACUAUGUAUACAUUAACUGGGCCAAUGUUCGUGCAGGAACUCAAGCGAAUUUCGACAAACAAAGUAGCUCAACCACCACCGCUUAUGGCGUUGAUUAUGAUUACGGAAGCGUCAUGCAUUACUCACCAAAUGCAUUUUCGCGAAACGGUCAACCAACAAUCACAGCCAAGAGAUAUGGUUCAAAUAAUAUGGGACAAAGAGAUGCAUUCUCGGCGCAAGAUGUGCAAAAGAUCAAUAAAAUGUACAAAUGCCCAGCGAAUGGCAAUGGAGAGGAAAAACCACCGAUGAACUCGCACAACAACAUUGACGAAUUGAUUGGUGAAACGGAAACCACUGACACAACAGGUAUGCCACCGGUACCACAAAGACCACCAUCUCGACCACUUCUUAAUUUAUUCGGCAGUUUGUUAAGUAAUGCUUUAACCUCGGCUUUAAAUCAAGGCAAAUAAAACACUCGCACACAGUCAUCGCGCAAGUGCCACACCAACCAACGACGACACGGACCAAACGGGAUAUUCGAUGCAUUUUCUGACCAAAGCAAAAAUAAACCUACCUCAUUAAGCCAUAAUCAACCAAAUUAAUUGAAGACAGACGAUCUAUCUAUUUAUUGCAUUCACUUUUCAUCAACCUAUUUAUUACGCCCAAAAAAAAAAACUUUUAACCAGAGAGGAAACACACACACAUCCAUACACACAAAUAUAAAUCAUCCUACAUUAAUAAGGCUAAUUCAUCUAUUUUAUAUCAUGCCAAAUAGAAUUAUUGAACUGAUGCCAAAUAUAUAGAAAUUCAAUUAUAAACAUAA